AUGGAUCCGCUGUCGUUCACUGUCGCAGCAACCCAGCUUCUUGGGGCUAUCAACUCCGUCAUUCUCAUCGUUACCAGAUAUAAUGAGGAGAUGAAGAAGACGCCCCGUGACUUGCUUCGGUUUUUCGAAGAACUCAGGGGGCUCCGUCAUGUCCUCGAGUCUCUCGAGUCUCUCGUUCUCAAGGCGAAGAGCCUGAAAGCCGAUAUAUCUACCGAUUCCAUCAUCCAGGAUCUGUUUCCUCUCUACGAGCCCUUGACUCUUUAUGUUACAGCGGACUUUCGACAGGAACUUCAUAGAUGGCUUAUAGCCCCUGACCCGACGAUCAACCACCAAGCCGCCUUGAAGAAGCGCAGCGAUGCUACCGGAGCAUGGCUGGCCGAGAUCAAACUAUUCGCUGAAUGGAUGGAAAACCCGCGGUCUUUCAUCUGGCUUUACGGCAUUCCCGGGUGUGGAAAGACGAUUCUCACCACCACUGCCAUAGAGCACGCCACAAAGGUUUCCAAGCAAGUCCUUGGAAGAGCGACAGCCUACUUUUACGUCGACUUCAAUGAAAAGGAGAAAUAG